GAGAGAGAGAGAGAGAGAGAGAGAGAGAGAGAGAGAGAGCGGAAGGGAGAGAGAUUGUUCUUGUAACACCAGUAGGCACUCCUUCCUACUUUAUCACCAGCUCCAGUUCUCCCAAACACAAGGCAAAUAAGCAGCACAUGACCUCAAUUGCCAAUAUGAAUGGGACUGACCAUGCAGGAAUCAGCUUGAACACCACCAACUCAUGGCAGAUGGAGGCAGUUAGGGGAGUCCAAAUGGCAGCUACUCUGGUUAUCUUCCUGGUUGGCGUUCCUCUGAAUGGGCUGGUGGUUUGGACACUUGGACUGCGGCAUAAUCGCCACCUGGCAAGCAGAGGUCACGGUGAGGAGACGCGUGCUGCCAGCAGUUUCCGUAUUUAUGUCCUGAACCUUGCAAUGGCUGACCUGGUUCUGCUCCUGCGCACCCCCUUAAUGUUGGGUUACGUUGCUCACAACUACAGCUGGCCGUUCGGCCGCGUCUUCUGCCACCUGGUCAUGUUCUUGCGAGGUCUGGGCUUAUACGCCUCUGCCUUCCUCCUUUGUGCUGUGGCCCUGGAGCGAUGCCUCUGUCUGCUGAAGCCAGUGUGGGCAAGCCUGCGACGCCCCUACUGGGCUGUUCCUCUGGCAUGUGGCCUCCUAUGGCUGGUAGCCACCAUCUUCUCUGCCCCCUACCUCCACAGUGCUGUGCUGCAGGAUAAUGGCGGGAAACUCCAAUGCCUGGAGAGCGGGAGGUUUGACAUGGGGCUGUUUCUCACAGAAACGAUAGCAGGUUUCAUCUUGCCCCUGCUGGUGUUCCUGGGAAGCAACCUGGCUGUUGUGCUCACCAUUCAGCAAGCUGUGCCCGUAUCACCGACCUCCUCCAGCCCUUCCAAUGCCCGCAGGAUGACCAGAAUGUAUCACAUGCUCUUUGCCACCAUGCUCCUCUUCCUCACCUGCUGGGUGCCAUAUUUUGUUUGUCGGUUCCUGCAGGCCUUGGCCGUGGAUCUGCAUUACAGAGCAUUUAUCGGCGCAUACAUAUCUCUGUUCCUGGUGUACAUUAAGUCUGCUCUCAACCCGGUGCUGUACGUGUUUGCUGCCCGAGGCCUAAGUCGUGCCAUCAAAGCUUCAGUUAUCUCCACCCUUGAAAGACUAUUCAAUGAUGACUCUUCAGAUUCACUCCGAAGGAAGUCACUUAAGAACUCACUUAAAAACUCACAGAUGUAGCCAAGAGGUCAACAAUGCAUUCAUUUUUUAGUUUUUAUAUUAAACCACAAAUGCCUUGUGUUUUUGUAGAGUGAGAAAUCUCUUUACUGGUGGGUUACUCCAUUUGCUCAUACCCACCAAAAAUGAGUUAUGAAAAUAAAACAAAGACAGCUUUUAGUUAAGUUACUUUUAACCACUUAGCCACGGCAAAUGGACAAAUAAGUCAAGAGCCUUAAUAUUACACUCAGAGACAGAGAGCCUCCAGAAUCUCCCAGGAUUUGACAAAUAGACGCGAUACAAAUUUCAUCAAACACUGACACCAGCCUGGUUCUUCAACUGUCAGCUGAGAACAAGAUGUAUGACUGCAGGUUUCAUCAGUGAAAGUACAUGACUGAAGACUCCAGAAAUGCUGCUUCUGUUGCAGCACGCUGAAGGCAGGGUCAUAAUUUGGCAUACAAAUGAAUUCAUGAAUCAUGUUGUCUAUUAGUUUCUUGGGCAGGGAACAUUUGGAUGGUAAAUAAAAAGCCGGUAUGAACACAGGAUUAUUUCUAUGCCAGUUUCCUGGCCCCAGGGGAACCUUUGUCACCGGAUGGAUUCCUCCAAGAUUACUCACUGUUAAGCUUGCUUAUACAACCUCUGCUAUGUUUCGAUGAAUGUUAUCUUAUCAGAAUCAACAUUGAGUCAGACCCGUCAAUAUGAUCACCUCAUGCUCUAAAGACUAACACCUCAUACUGAGCAGGAAGUCAACAUGUUGCAGGAACAUCAUCUUGUGGUGAAGGCUCCACAAACACGUCUGACUGGACUUCCGCUAUGCACAGCUAGCUUUAUGUUUUUUUGUUAAUAUUCUGUCAAUGUUGACAAAGGGGAUUAAACUGUUAUUCAUGGUCACAAUUUAAGUGUGUUUAACUCCUGCAUUAAAAUAUUAAUGAACAAAAGUAAA